AUGAUCAUUCUCGCAAGAAGUGCCCAGACAAACUACUCGCUGGGAACCCCGCAACCAACCCAGCUCUAUGCUCUUGUUGGCCUGAACCUACUGAAUGCCUUGGCUAGAAACGCCCGGGUAUUGGGGUUCAUCCCUCAAUCUCUCUGCGAAGAUCAUUUCAUUUCACCCUUCAACUUGGAGGGACCCAAGCUUCCUUGCGGGCCGCGGCAAGCAUCACUGUGGCCUCCAUUCCUUCGACCCACGGAAGCCCAGUAUCAAAUCACUCACCACCCGUUUCUGGACUUGUUCCCAAUUCCCUCGCUAAGGGAAAGUGCGAUACGGGCUGAAGAUCUUGGCUUCUUCGACGAGGACGAGUUCUGUGCUGAUGUCUUUGGCGUUGGCCACAAGUCUAAUGAUGGAGAUGAGCGACCUCGACUCUUGGUCUGGGGCGAGUCUUGGGACCCUCGGGGAUGGGAGGCAAAUGAAGCCUUCUUCAGAAAAUGGGCAUGGCUCAUCCGCGGAUGCCCUGAGAUACUAGAAGGAACAAAUUACUGGCGACAGAGGAGAGGAGAAAAGAAGUUGAAUUUCGGACGGCUUGGGAGCUGA